AUGAUUUUGGCCAUGGCGUCUCAGGAUGCUCAGAACUUCUUCCAGCCUCUCUCUUCCUGGAUAUCUCGGGUUUAUGAAGCUCUCCAGCAAGCAGGAGAUAUGCUAUCUGCUUCGCUGGUUAACGUAAGCAAACAAGACUCUAAAUUGAGUGACAAGCUAGACCAGGACUUAGAUGAUAUUCAUAUUCAGGAAGCUUACUUUGAAGAUGAAGAACAAGGCAAUGAUUGGUGUCAAGAGGAUGCAAAUCCCUUGUUUCUUGAAGUGGAUCAUUUCUCCUGUUGUAAUAGUGAUUUGCAGGACUCUGCCCAAAGUUCAAGCCCCAGACUUAGGCAACAUGCAAAGGACUCAUGUUCCAUAAUGUCCCAGUGGCCCAAUCAGACCCUUGAUGACCAAAAGCUACCACAUGUGCUUUCUUCUAUUGCUGAGGAAGAACAUCACCUGGAAAAGCAAAGGAGUGACCUUCAACACAGCUUUGACAAUCAGUUCUCUGGUAUUUUAGAAAAUGUUAAUGGAAAAAAGCAAAUUAACAGCUUUGGUGAUGAUGAAGAGCCAUGCACAUCUUCUGACAGUGAUGAAGAGGUGACCAAACAAUUUGAGAUUUCUGUGUCCCGGUCCCAGAGUUUCCAUUCAGAAGCAUCUGAGAAAGGAAAGCAGGUGGGAUUGGAGCAGAAAUCAAAAUUCAGCCACCUGCUCUCUACCCAUGAGGAGGAUAACACAGAAGUAUCUGCCUGUGAAGAUUUGGAUGGACCCAGCCAGCUGAAUUAUUCUGAGAAUCUGUCCUACAGUGAAGAUGAUCCCGUUUCUGCCCAUUCCCAGUCCCCAUGUGAGGUGGGGAACACCGGGCACCAUGGUGCAUCUCCUCAAGAGACCAAAGUGCCUCACAGCCUCAGUCGCCAGUCUACAGAAGGCAGCUUGGAAUUGGAGACAGCCUUUAAUAACCGGGGGUUUGAAGACUCCUAUGCUACAGACAGCUCCUCCAUGUGGAGCCCAGAGGAACAGGAUGGGGCCAAUUUUCAGGUGCCAACGGGGGUCUUGGAGCCCAUCUCAAAAUGUGGUGACCUGGAUGUCAUCUUUGAAUAUAGAGCUUCCAGCCAGAAGUUCACAGUGACCAUUGUGAGAGCACAGGGUCUCCCAGACAAGGACCGAAGUGGUGUCAACUCCUGGCAAGUUCACGUUGUGCUGCUGCCCAGUAAGAAGCAGAGGGGCAGGACAAGCAUACAGAGAGGCCCCAACCCUAUCUUCAAGGAGAAGGUCACCUUCACCAAGCUGGAGCCCAGAGAUGUGGCUGCCUGCGCUAUCCGCUUCCGUCUGUAUGCUGCCCGCAAGAUGACCCGUGAGAGAAUGAUGGGAGAGAAGCUAUUCCAUCUCAGCCACCUGCACCCAGAAGGGGAAAUGAAAGUGACUCUGGUUCUGGAGCCAAGAAGUAAUAUCAGUAGUGGAGAGUCUCCGCUCAGCCCAUCUGCACUUUCUCACAGUGAUACUGCUUCCUCCACGCAGUCGCUUUCUCAUGGAGGGGCCCCGGAGCUGCUGGUGGGGCUGGCCUACAACGCCACAACGGGGCGAUUAUCCGUGGAAAUGAUCAAAGGCAGCCAUUUCCGAAACCUCGCUGUUAAUAGAGCGCCUGAUACAUAUGGAAAGCUCUUCCUCCUCAAUUCUGUGGGUCAAGAGAUGUCCCGCUGUAAGACGUCCAUUCGACGUGGUCAGCCCAAUCCUGUCUACAAGGAGACCUUUGUUUUCCAGGUGGCCCUCUUUCAGCUCUCUGAUGUCACACUGAUGAUUUCCAUUUAUAACAGGCGUACUAUGAAGCGUAAAGAGAUGAUCGGUUGGAUUGCUCUGGGCCAAAACAGUAGCGGAGAAGAGGAACAAGACCAUUGGGAGGAAAUGAAGGAAACCAAAGGCCAGCAAAUAUGCAGAUGGCACACCUUGCUCGAAUCCUAGUUUUGGCAACAGGAUUUGCAUGUGACAUCUGCCCUGGCGACCAGUGUUUUGACCACUGACACCAACUCAGCACAGGCUGGUAGGCGUUUUAAAGACAGGCUUACAAUUAGAGUCUACUAAACACUGGGACAUUCUGGGCAGGAUCAUUUGGGUCUCUCAAAGGUUUGAUUUGGAUUCAGAUAUUAUAAUU